GCCGCCAUCUUUGAUGUCGACCAAAAGAAGAACUCUGGGACAUCAUCGACAUCAAUUUUUCACCUCGGAUUCUGGGAUACAUCGAGAAAGAUGUCGGAUGCCCGUCUCUGUGGUUCGUCUACGAAGUUGACUGUCGCUUGCCCGUCCGUUAUGCGUCGUGCGUAGAGAAGCCUCGUUGGACCUUGUAACUAGCUUUCCAAAGAACCAAGUCUCCACGCGUCGUGAUAGACCCCAAAACUAGGUAGAAGCGCCCCAGUCGUGAAACAGUUGCCGUUUCCAACAGCUGAUACCAAAGAGGGUUCAACCUCGCCAAGAACUGUCACCAUGAGUCAGCACAUGGCUCCGCUCGGCAAAUCUAGGUCUGGCGACAAGCAGGCCCAGGCGGACGAACCCAGCCGCGAAGAGUGGCUUCAGCGCCUCGAAGGGGUCCACAUCCAAAGAGCCGACAUGAACCGCCUCAUCAUGAACUACCUGGUGACCGAGGGCUUCAAAGAGGCCGCCGAGAAGUUCAAGCUCGAGUCCGGCGUCACGUCCCCGGUCGACCUCGAUUCCCUGGACGAGCGCAUCCGUAUCCGCGACUGCAUUCAGCAGGGGCGGGUGCUCGAAGCCGUCGCCCUGCUGAACGACAUACGGCCCGAGCUGCUGGACAACGAUCGUUACCUGUUGUUUCAUCUUCAGCAGCAGCACCUGAUCGAACUCAUCAGGGACGGGCGCACCGAGGAGGCGCUCGCCUACGCGCAGGACCACCUGAGCGAGCGCGGCGAAGAAAACCCGCAAGUUCUGUCCGAGCUGGAACGCACCCUGGCACUGCUCGCGUUCGAGGAACCCCAGACGAGUCCCUUCGGCGACCUGUUGCACCCUUCGCACCGGCAGAAGGUGGCGAGCGAGGUGAACGCGGCGCUGCUCGAAGACCAGCACAGCCCGAGGCCCCAGCUAGCCGUACUCCUGCGCCUGCUCCUCUGGGCCCAAGACCAGUUGGAUAACCAUCAGGGACAGACAAAGCUGCGCUACCCCAAGAUCAGCCAGCUGGCUAAUCCGUUUCAGUGAUUGCAGGCAAUGGCGCAACAGCCUCUUUGUGACCACUUUGUUCUGUAUAAAGCUAGAUGCAGAGGCAGGAGCGCUUCUCGGUUGUAUAUCACACCGCUUUUGAGAGACUGCAACUCCUGAUGACAUUGUUCCAUCUUUGGUAGGCUUGCGUAGUACCAAUUUGGGGACGUGCCGUUGGGUUGCUGUUUGGACUGCGUCAUGUCUGGAGUUCAACAUUGAGUGACUUUGGUCUCGCCGAAUAAAGACCGGUGUACCGAGGGA